UAUUGUGGUGAGCUGACUCAGAGGAGAUGAUGAGACAUUUGUGUGUCAAAGUCCAGACUGCAGUGUGUGCCUGUGUGCCAACAUGGAGGAAGAGAAGAAGAAGAUUCUGUGUGUCGGCUUAGUUUGUCUUGACAUCAUCAACGUGGUCGACAAAUACCCAGAAGAAGACACAGAUAGCAGGUGUCUGUCCCAGCGCUGGCAGCGAGGAGGAAACGCUUCAAACUCGUGCACGGUGCUGUCGCUGCUCGGUGCACCGUGCGCCUUCAUGGGCUCGCUGUCUGUUGGACUUGUGGCCGAUUUUAUUUUGGAGGAUUUUCAGAAGUUCCACAUCAACGUGUCUCUCGUGUCUGAGCAUGUUCAGUGUGCCCUUCCAGCCUCUGUGGUCAUCAGCAACAUCAGCACAGGAAGCCGCACCAUCAUGCACAUGAACAGGAACCUUCCUGAUGUCACAGCACAGGAUUUCUCCAAAGUUGACCUACGUCAGUUCAAGUGGAUCCACUUGGAGGGCCGAAAUGCUGAGGAACAGGUGAAAAUGAUCCAGCAGGUUGUGAUGUAUAACAGCACAUUGCCACAGCAUCAGAAAAUCACCGUCUCUGUGGAGAUAGAGAAGACCAGAGAGCCACUGUAUCAGCUGUUUCCUCACGGUGACGUGGUGUUUGUCAGUAAAGAUGUUGCUCGUCACUUUGGCUUCCUGACGGCUGAAACUGCUCUGAAAGGACUCUACAGUCGGGUCAAACAGGGGGCUGUCCUAGUAUGUGCCUGGGCAGAAAAAGGAGCGGAUGCUUUGGGUCCUGACGGUUUGGUCAUUCAUUCAGACGCCUUUCCUCCUAAAAAUCUUGUUGAUACUCUUGGAGCUGGAGACACUUUCAACGCUGCUGUCAUCUACACGCUGUCCAAUGGUGGAAGUUUGCAAGACGCUCUGACCUUUGGCUGCAGAGUUGCUGGCAGGAAGUGUGGUUUCCACGGUUACGACAGAAUUGGUGAAAAGUUUGCAGACGACUGAAAGAAGAGGAUUCGGAUUGAUGAUACUGUGGAAAUUAUGUUUGAUCAUUAUCUGAUAAUUUCUUGAAUUACUUGAAGUAGUUAACAUGCUGCUAAUAAAAUGAUGUUAGUUUAACUUUGAUGUAGGGUUAGGGAGUUUUAAUGAAGUAACAUCAUUUAAAAAUGUAUUUAUCUCUAUUUUUUCAAUGCCAAUAAAUGAAGUGAAAUGUGACACCAUUAGAUUCAUUCAAUAAUCACCUUCUGUCUUGAAGUUUUUGUUUUCAUUAAAUUUUAUUUUAGUCAACAAUGCGUCAUGUGACAUAGGUGGUGCAGAGUGGGUCACGCACCAAGAUGGCCACAGUUUGUAGCUGCCCAUAUGUUGUUUCUAUGAUCAGACAAAACUCAGACUUAAUCAUCACUGAUUUAAUUGUAAAUAAUAUAAAGGGUUUGAUGUAGACCUGAAAACUUCUGUCAUCAUUUGGAAAUUUCAAAAUAAAAUUUACUUUAGGUUUACUGCUUUACAAAUGUCUGUGUGCAUGUGUACAUGUCUCAGCUGUUGCUUCCUGUCAAACGCUCAGUGGAUUGUUGAUCAAUUUAGUCCAUAAAUCAUGCUGCGGGUGCAGAGUGUUUGCUUGUUGAAUAAAACUUUCACAUA